GUGCACUUUUCCCUUCUUUGUCUCAAAGUAUCUGCUCCCAUUUAUUCAUCUAUCUUCUGCAUUCCAUUUAUACCCACCUGUAUUACUAGCAUAGGGAAUGUCAUCUACUAUCUAGGUGAAAAUAUUUAAGGUUCAGAUUUAACAGCUCACAACUUUGUAAAGAAAUAUUUUGCAAAAUAUUGGAAUAUUUUUUACCUGUUUGUAAAAUUGUAUACCGAGCAGACACAGUGAAAUGGGAAGGCUACAGGCAUUAACACUUUGGAUUUUUCAAGUGUUGACCUCCUACAUUUGCCCCUCGUUGUCUUCUGAUAUACUGACUGAAACCUCCCCAAGGGUUUUUCAAGAAUCAGGAGACAUUUACAGUCCAAAUUAUCCUAAUUCUUACCCUAAAUCCAACUUCACUGAAUGGAAACUGCAGGUUCCAAAGGGUUAUCGACUUCAGUUGGUGUUCAACCACUUUGACUUGGAGCCAUCUUACAGAUGUCUGCUUGAUUAUGUUCAGGUUAUGCACAAUGAUGAUGUACUGGGUAGUUUCUGUGGCCAGGAAGACUCUAUGAGUGGUAUACACCCGGGAAACCAGCGUAUUUUAUCGCCUGACAACACCAUGAAAAUUAUCUUUAAGUCAGAUGACUUUCAGGAGGAAGCACAUCAGGGUUUCCACGCACAUUACCAAAUAAUGGAUACUGAAGAGUGUUCUGAGCCAGUGGAAAAAGAAGAAAAUGAGUUAUCAUGCUCAUCAUUUUGUCAGUCUGGUAGAUUAUCUUGUGCCUGUCAGCUUGGAUACAGCUUGAAACAACAAGGCCAAAGUUGUCAAUCAUUGUGUAAUGCAGAAAACAGCUCAGAGACUGAAGGUGUAAUAAUGUCUCCCGGUUAUCCCAAACCCUAUCCACCUAACAUAUCUUGUAACUACAGCUUGAAGCUGGAGAAAGGACUUCUUUUAAUAAUUACAUUUCUGGACGUCUUUGAAGUUGGGACCUUUUCAGGAAGAUCAUGUGAUUCAGACUAUCUACAGAUUCUGGUCCCUGGGAGAAAGCCCCAAACAUUUUGUGGCCAAGAUCAUCCUGAAAGAAUUGUUACUGGUAGCAACAGAGUUGACAUCUUAUUUAACACAGAUCAAUCAGGAGUGAGCAGAGGCUGGAAAAUAAAGUAUUAUGUAGAAUUGAUUUCAUGCUCUACACUAAAACCAGUCUUAAAUGGAAACAUAAUUCCAGAAUGGAUGCAGUAUUACUAUGGACAAUCUAUACAAGUGAACUGUAGAACUGGGUAUAUAAUGAAAGAGAAUGGUAAGGUGAUCUCAGAAUUCUACUCAAGCUGUCAAAAUGAUGGUACAUGGCAACGGUCUCUUCCUCAAUGCGAAGCUGUGGACUGUGGUGAACCAGAUGACGUGGAUAAUGCUAUAAUGAACUUCAAUGAGACAACAUUUAAGGCCUCAGUCAGUUAUCAAUGCAAAGAAAACUUCAAAAUGGCAAACAGCAUUGAAAGUGUGGCACAUUGUGAAGCUGAUGGUUUUUGGAAAAUAAGUGAUCUAAAAAAUGAACUGCCGCAGUGUAUACCAGUUUGUGGAAAGUCAAAUUAUGCUGCAUAUGUCCAACGUAUCUUUGGUGGAAGAAGAGCAAAUGAGGGGAAUUUUCCAUGGCAGGUGUUCUUUAUGGAACCACGAGCAGGAGGGGCUCUCAUUUCAGACCAGUGGGUCCUAACUACAGCACACGUAGCUGAAAUGGAAACUUUGAAAAUGUAUGCAGGAAGAAUAAACACAAAUGGUCCCAAAGGUGUAGAACUGCAUGUGGCAGAAAAAAUUAUUCAUCCUAACUAUCAUCUUUCCAGUAGUAAACCUCAGUACAAUUAUGACAAUGAUAUAGCAUUGAUUAAACUAGAAGAAAAGGUCAAACUUGGGGCCCAUAUUUCCCCAAUAUGCCUUCCAAAAAAUAAGCAGUCUGAUGAGGUGCAAAAUGGGAAACUUGGUUUAAUUGCAGGAUGGGGCAUCACAGAGGAAAGAAGAUUAUCUCAAAAUCUCAUGUAUGCAGAAAUCCCUGUGGUGAACAUGGACUUUUGUAAGAGUGUUAAACCAAAAAGUAGUAAAGUCAAACCAGAAAAUUUCAUCUUCACAGAAAAUAUGUUUUGUGCUGGAAUGAGUGGGAGAGACAGCUGCCAAGGUGACAGUGGUGGUGCAUUUGCUGUUCCAGAUAUGAAUACAGAUGAUUAUCACAUUGAAGGAAUCAUCUCAUGGGGAAUUGGGUGUGGAUCAUAUGGAGUAUACACAAAGGUAGCCAACUACUUGGGAUGGAUAGAAGAUACAAUGUUGCAGAAUCAGGACUGAUCAAUAUGUCUCAAUAAAUGAUAAUGUUAAUGUUACUUUAAAUAUAACUAAAUGAGUUUUAAAAACAACAUGUUAAAAACCUAAUUUUUAUGUAAAAUCUUUGUUUUACAAAUAAAAAAUAUACAUAUUAACCAGUA